AUGGCGUCGGCUUCGGGGAACAGCGAGACCGCCUGCACGCUGGAAUUCGCUGUGCAAAUGACCUGUCAGAGUUGUGUGGAUGCAGUUCGCAAGUCCCUGCAAGGGGUGCCAGGUGUCCAGGGCGUGGAGGUGCAAUUGGAGAACCAGAUGGUCCUGGUGCAGACCACCCUGCCCAGCCCGAAGGUGCAGGCCCUCCUAGAGGGCACAGGGCGGCAGGCAGUACUCAAGGGCAUGGGCGAUAGCCACUUACAGAAUCUGGAAGCAGCAGUGGCCAUUCUGGGGGGGCUUGGACCUGUGCGGGGGGUGGUGCGCUUCCUGCAGUUGACGCCUGAGCGCUGCCUCAUCGAGGGGACCAUUGACGGCCUGGAGCCUGGUCCACACGGCCUCCAUGUCCAUCAGUACGGGGACCUGACCAGCAACUGUGCCAGCUGUGGGGACCACUAUAACCCUGAUGGAACGUCUCAUGGGGGCCCCCAGGACGCUGACCGGCACCGUGGAGACCUGGGGAACGUCCGCGCUGAUGCUGAUGGCCGAGCGGUCUUCAGGAUGGAGGAUGAGAAGUUGAAGGUGUGGGACGUGAUUGGCCGCAGCCUGGUGAUUGAUGAGGGGGAGGACGACCUGGGCCGUGGUAGCCACCCUUUGUCCAAGGUCACGGGGAACUCAGGCGAGAGGUUGGCCUGUGGCAUCAUCGCACGCUCCGCUGGCCUGUUCCAGAAUCCCAAGCAGAUCUGCUCCUGCGAUGGCCUCACCAUCUGGGAGGAGCGGGGCCGGCCCAUCGCCGGCCAGGGCAGGAAGGAGCCGGCUCAGCCCCCUGCCCACCUCUGA